CCCAGCAGGUGCAGACUCUCUGGACUCCUGACAAGUCCCUGCUCUCAGCUCACAAGUGUUUUCUGCUUUCUCAGUAGACUGUUUAUCUGGGCCCCGAGAGGAAAUUCCAGCAGAAGCUUUUGAAGUUUGCAGGUUAGAUGGGGUUUGGCCUCCGCUGGGCGUCCCGAGCUCGUGCAGUGCCUCCACUGAACAGAGAAGAUGACUGCAGAGUUGAGAGAGCCCGUGGCUCUGACACCCUGGAGCCUCGUGAAGGUCAAGGAGGAGGAGAACGAAGAAGAGGAAAGCUACUUGAGUCAGGCAGCCAGCCAGCCAGCGAGUGCUGAGAGCAUCCCCACUUGGGCCCCCGUGGAGGACUGCCCGCCAGGCCUCCAGGUGGCAGGAGAGGAGGAACAGGGCCGGAAUGUGUUCUGGAACAGGGCAGUAGUCCUGAAAACAACGCAGGACGCACCUGCUGCCCUGCCCCUCAGCGGUUCCUCGUUACCGGGGACCCUGUGCAGAAGCGAGACGCUGGAGAGCCACGGGGGCAGGAACUGUCUCGGUGCUGAGACGAAGAACUCACAGUUACUGGUUCCAAAAACUGAGAAAUGUGACGAAGCUGAAAAAGCACUCAUUGUGACAGGAAGGGUGCAGAGGGCUGAAGGACCUGAGUCGGGAGAAGCCUGCGGGAAGGGGAGCUUGGGAAAGAGGCAGAGAAUAAAGAAGGAAAGGAAGGGCUUCGGACAAGGCACAGGGAGGGGCUGUCACUUACUUCAAGGCUUCAAAGAAAAGGAAGAGCAGAAAUGCAAGAAGCCUAGAGGGAAAUACAGUGUUGGUUCUGGCCCAGCUAGAAACCAGAAAAUCCAUCCUGGGCAGAAGCCCUUCAUGUGCAGUGUGUGUGGGAAAGGCUUCAGUCAGAGCGCCAACCUGGUCGUGCAUCAGCGAAUCCACACGGGGGAGAAACCCUUCGAGUGUCACGAGUGCGGGAAGGCCUUCAUCCAGAGCGCCAACCUGGUCGUGCACCAGCGAAUCCACACUGGACAGAAACCUUACGUUUGCUCAAAAUGCGGGAAGGCCUUCACUCAGAGCUCCAAUCUGACCGUGCAUCAAAAAAUCCACUCCUUGGAGAAAACCUUUAAGUGCAGUGAAUGCGAGAAAGCCUUCAGUUACAGCUCACAGCUGGCUCGUCACCAGAAGGUCCACAUCACGGAGAAAUGCUAUGAAUGUAACGAGUGUGGGAAGACGUUCACGCGGAGCUCCAACCUCAUUGUCCACCAGCGGAUCCACACUGGGGAGAAGCCCUUUGCCUGUAACGAUUGUGGCAAAGCAUUCACUCAGAGUGCAAAUCUCAUUGUGCAUCAGCGCAGCCAUACUGGCGAGAAGCCAUAUGAGUGUAAGGAGUGUGGGAAAGCCUUCAGCUGUUUCUCACACCUCAUCGUGCACCAGCGAAUCCACACGGCGGAGAAACCCUAUGACUGCAGCGAAUGCGGGAAGGCCUUCAGUCAGCUCUCUUGCCUUAUCGUCCACCAGCGGAUCCACAGCGGAGAUCUUCCGUACGUGUGUAAUGAGUGUGGGAAGGCCUUCACAUGCAGCUCGUACCUGCUCAUCCAUCAGAGAAUCCAUAAUGGGGAGAAGCCCUACACGUGCAGCGAGUGCGGCAAGGCCUUCCGGCAGAGGUCGAGCCUCACUGUGCACCAGAGAACCCACACCGGGGAAAAGCCCUACGAAUGUGAGAAGUGUGGCGCAGCCUUCAUUUCUAACUCACACCUCAUGCGCCAUCAUAGAACCCAUCUGGUUGAGUGAUAGGUACGAGUGGAGGCCCUCUCACCUUUGGUGGGAGCCCGUUAGCCCCCCAAAAUGAGACACCCCUUUGCUCUCUGCUAGAAACAAAGCCCAUGGCCUUGCGGAGUUACUGUUUUCAGGAAUGCAGCACA